CUCCGACUGAAAACGAAAGUAGUCGGUUGCCAUAUAACAACAAACACAGAGUUCAUAAAAACAAAUUGAUUAGUAUGUCGGACAGUGAAUUAUGUGAUGUUUGUCGGUGUGGUAACGAAGAUAUAAAAGUCGUAUCCUGGUGCAGUGACUGCAGUGAACUUGUAUGUAACGCAUGCGCCAGAGUUCAUGAAAGGAUGUCCCCGCCUCACAAAGUAGUACCAAUGAAAGAGAUACAACUCUGUUCUUCGCUUCUUAAAUUGUCCAAAAACUGCGACAAUCACCCCGAUCAAAAGAUUGUACUGUUCUGUUGUCAACAUGACAAAGUGAUCUGCGAUUUAUGUGUACCUGUAUUACAUCUACAUUGUAAGCCUAUCAUUUCAAUUGAAAACGCUGCUAGAGGCGUGAAAGAUGGCACUGCUAUUUCUGACGUAGAGAGAAGAAUGGACAAUCUUAGUAAAGUAACAGACAACAUACUGAGUAAAACUGAGAUAACACUUGAAGAUUUGAAGAAAAGUCGAAUCAAUAUCAAGAAAAGAGUGUCGGAUAUCAAACAGAAAGUUAUUGCUCAUUUAGAUCAGAUAGAAGCAGAUAUGCAUAAAGACAUUGAUAACAAGUAUAAAUACUGUAAUGACACGGUAUCCCGACAUAAAAAUAGCGUCAAAUCUAGCUCUGACUCACUGUCUACAUGGAAAAGAGAUCUUAAAUCACUAAAACAACACACAUCUGAAAUCCAUUUAUUUCAGGCAGUAAAAUUUCUAGAUACGAUAACCCAUCAAAAAGAAUUGAAGAUCAGAGAAAUUCAAGCAGCAACUGUUCCUAUACUAACAUAUCAUCCUUCAGAGUAUGAGUCGAACAUGACGAAAUUAAUCACAGACUUGGGUACAAUAACAGUAGACUUUGUCUCAGUACCAAUACCUGCACUAGAUAUCGAUCAACAAGGUCAGUUUCUUGUUAGAGAUAAAAGACAAUUGUCGUUGGCACAUUCCUUUCAGACCUCGAAAUUAGGUGGUGAAGUUAGAAUUACUAGAGGUUGUUUUAUUCCUGGUGAAAGGUUACUCCUUUGUCAUGAAUUAAAAAGAAAACUUUAUGUCUGUAAACUUGAUGGAUCCAAAUCCAAGGUACUUAAUUUGGAUUAUAAUUCAGAACGUCUUAACUUGUAUGACAACAACCAUGCUUUAGUAUCUUUAGGUAAUGGAGGUAUCCAAAUUAUUGACCUGAAAAAAUUAAAGCCCCGUGGGAUAAUUAAAGUUGAUGGAAACUGUUAUGGCAUCACCAGUGUAAAGGAUAAGAUCUGGGUAAACAACCAAGACAACACUCUUAUCAUAGUAGAUAUCAAGGGUAAAGUUCUCAAUACAAUACCAAUUCAAACAACAUUUGAUCCUUAUAAUAUAUGUAGUAACAAAGAUGGUGAUGUCAUUUACUGUACAGACUUCGCUAGUGAUAAAGUCUUCGUUGUUACAUCGGGUGGUAAAGAACGGGUGAUAUACAGAAGUCAUGAUCUGGGAGGUGCUAGUGGUGUGGCGGUAGAUGACCGUGGGGAUGUGUAUAUAGCAGGGUUUAUAUCAAACAACAUACAUAGAAUAUCUAAUGACGGACAUGAUAUUGUCCUGACAGCAGACGAUGGUAUCAAUGAACCGACUGAUUUAUCUUACAAUAGUGAAACGAGAGAACUAUUAGUUAUAAACAACAAUUUGAAAUCAGUCAACAUUUAUAAAGUACAAUGAACACUGACUAAGGAACGCUGACUGUUAAGUCGCGUAAUUAUUUGCAUUGACGAUUAACAUUAGAUAAUAAAAUAUACUGUUAGUAAUUUUAUGAGAUAUUUGCUAAUACAUCAUAAUACGAAGUUUAAAUAUGUUGCAUGAAACUUAUUUUCGUUUUUA